CGCAGUUUUCUUUCCAUGCGCGCGCCACGCCAUGCCGGCUCCGCACGUCUCCAGGGUUUGGGCCUUGUAUCGGCGCAUUUUGUUGCUGCACCGGGUUCUGCCCCCGGACCUCAAAGCCCUCGGCGACCAGUACGUGAAGGACGAAUUUAGGAGACAUAAGACUGUUGGCUCUGAUGAGGCCCAGCGUUUCUUGCAGGAAUGGGAGGACAGAGUAAUUAAAAGCAGAGGGAGAAAGAGAGACCCCUACAGCACUGCUUCCCCACUUCUGAAGUUUCCCAGAUUGAACCCAGUUCCUUGUACAAGAUGUAUGCUGCAGUGCUAUGGCAACAGACUAAUGAAAACAGACAAAAUUCACCUGAAAAAGCAUACUUUGGAACUACCCUCUCAGAAGAAAAACUUAAUGAUUUUCGUGAUGAACAAAUUGGACAAUUGCGGGAGCUCAUGCAAGAAGCCACUAAGCCCAGUAGGCAAUUUAGUAUUACUGAGCCUACAAAUCCAAAAGUGUAGUCAAAACAAUAAAUUUACAUCUCAGGAAAUCUUAUUUUAAAUAAGACAAAUAAAAUUUCAAAGCUAUCAAUAAUGUUUAGCUGCUGAGAAUGCCUAGUGUUGAUGAAAUAUUUCCUUUGAUGUUGUUAUGAAGGAUCAGAAUCACGAGUGGACAGGUUGAAAUAAUGAUGCUUGCUGCAUAGGGCUUGACUUUUGGACAAAACAAGGGUAAUUCAAGUGGCCAGAUUUCUAGAAUUUUGCUGGAAAUUUCUUAACUAUAAAUUGUAUUAUGCGUUGGAUGCUGUUCUUGUUUAAGCAUUGACCUCAUAGCUGUGGUUUUAUAUGAUACAGUAAUGAUAGAUCUAGAAUUUCAAUACAUUAUGAUCCUGAAAGUUUCAUAAUUCUGUUGAA